AUGUUAGCCAGGGGAGUCUCACAACAUUCAGUCCUGGCCAAGAGCCGUCGUUGCCUCCUUGGCUCAGCAAGAGAAGAUGUUUGGACAUCUCAUUUACGGAGAGUGCAGCUGCCAGCCAGAGAUGGUGACCCAAGUGCCUUCCCUCUCCGGGUGAAGAGACCCCGGCCCUUCCAUGAGAUUCCCUUACAGGGGACCAAUGGUUGGUUCAAUCUGUUCCACUUCUGGAUGAAUAAAGGCAUGCAGAACUUGCAUAUGCGGUCCAUGAAGGGCUUCCAAGAGUUAGGCCCAAUUUACCGGGAGAAACUCGGCAAUUCAGAGUCUGUUUUUAUCAUCAACCCUGACGAUGCUUCCCGCCUCUUUAAAGCAGAGGGACCCUACCCAGAAAGAUAUAACAUUCCACCAUGGAUGGCUUAUCACAUCUACAUGAAAAAACCUCUUGGAGUCCUGCUUAAGAGCUCUGAAAGCUGGAAGAAAGACCGGACUUUGCUGAACCAUUUUGUGCUGGCUUUGGACACAGUGAACAAUUUUGAGCCCCUUCUCACCCCCAUUUCAGAGGACUUUGUAGCGAACAUUUAUAAGGGGAUUGAGAGGAGCAACCAAGGAAAGUUCACUGUGGAUCUCAGUCAGGACCUGUUUCGAUUUGCUUUUGAGUCUAUCUGCAACCUUCUCUUUGGGGAGAGGCUGGGACUCCUGGAAGAGUUAGUGGACCCUGAAGCCCAGAAGUUCAUUGAUGCUGUGUCUACAAUGUUUGAAACUAGUGUUCCAAUGCUGAAUAUCCCUCCAGAACUGUUCCGUAUGGUCAAGGCCAAGGCCUGGAGGGACCACGUGGCCUCAUGGGAUCUGAUUUUUGAUCGAGCUGAAGGUUAUAUACGGAACUUCUACCAGGAUCAGAAGAGGUCAAAAGUCCCUGAAGGUUAUCCAGGUGUUCUCUACUCUAUUCUAAGCAAGAAUGCCAUGAGUUUUGAAGAUGUCAAAGCCAAUAUUACAGAAAUGAUGGCAGGAGGGGUGGACACGACAUCAAUGACCUUGCAGUGGUACAUGUUUGAAGUGGCUCGGAACCUAAAUGUACAAGAGAUGCUUCGGUCUGAAGUCCUGGCUGCCCGGAGAGAUGCCCAAGGAGAUAUGAACAAGAUGCUCAGAUCUGUUCCACUUCUCAAAGCUGCAAUCAAGGAGACUCUGAGGCUACACCCCAUUGCAAUGACCAUACAAAGGUAUCUUCCAUCGGAUUUAGUUCUCCAGGAUUACAUGAUUCCUGCCAAAACACUGGUCCAGGUGGCCAUCUUUGCCAUGGGAAAGGACCCUAACUUUUUUCCCAACCCAGACAAGUUUGACCCCAGAAGAUGGCUACAGAAUGAUACCCACUUCCGGGCUCUGAGCUUUGGCUUUGGCCCUCGGCAGUGCAUUGGACGGAGAAUCGCCGAGUUGGAGAUGACUCUCUUAAUGAUACAUAUUCUGGAAAACUUCAGGAUCGAAAUCCACAAGCUUUCAGAUGUGGGGACCAUCUUUAAUCUCAUCCUGAUGCCUGACCAGCCCAUCGUGUUCACCUUCCGGCCCUUAAAGCCCCAGCUGUAACACAGAGAGAUAGGACUCCUGUGUAUUUGUUACACAGAGAGGCUGGGAUUGACAGGGGAGGCAGAUCCAGGCGGAGACAUGACAGACCCAAGUAUAUAAUGUGAUUGUUUGAUUUUGGGCCAGGGAAAUUGUUUGCCUCUUUAUCUAGGACACAGCUUUUUAAGCUGGAGUCUUUGAAUUUCUAAAAAUAAAUUUGAAGAACUAUAUUUUAGCAUAAUUAGUUUCCUUUUGUAAUCCUGUUCAUUUUAUGAAAUUAAAAAUAUGAUUCGGAGGAGUCUAAAGGUUUUAUGAAAUUGCCAAAGGGGUUCCUUGACACAAAAAAAAGCUAAGGACCCUUGGGGUCAGUGAAUUUGUCCACUCCUAUGCCAUAUAUUGCCCUAGA